AUGCUUCACGAAACAUCAAGCAGAAUAGCUAACCGUUCAAUACCAAAUUCAUAUGAUAACGAUAACGGUGUAGGAACACGUACCCAUGAACGCUUUGAGCAAUUUAACGACAGAUGUCGUCGUGUCAGUCCACCUGUUAAUAUUAAGCCACAGAACCGUCUUGAGAAUCGAGAUCGAAAAGAUGAUAUAUCAAGGAAUAAAGGAAGUCAAGUUAGUGGCAAUUCAUGUUUCUGUCCACAGUGUGGUAAUCUUAGUAAUAUAGAUAGUAUGAUGAGACAUGCGGAACAUUGCCAAAAAGUGAAUGCUAAUAUUCAAUCCGCUAAUGGUUCUACAGCAUCGAUUUAUUAUGCAGGUGACAAUGAAAAUCUUCUAAAAAGACUGCGACAAGAUUCUGCUCACGAUUAUGAUAAUAAUCUUAAUUAUCUUUAG